CUUCCAUAUUUCUGGAUUUUUUUCUUCUUUAAGUUGUUUGUAUUUCAGAUUUCUGUUUUUGUUAUAAUCACUGCAUAUUCUUUUAUUUUAUUGUAGUUUAUGAUCAGAAAAUUUAAUUUAUCACUACUUUUCUGCUAAUAUCUACAGAAAAGCUGAUAGAGAUAUACCUAACAAACUCAUUAUUUUUUUCUAUAUUUCUUCUCUUAAAAGAAAAGAACCCUCUGCAUAAAAAAAGGAGUUGAACUUCUUCCAAUUGAGCAAUUGAGCUUUCCAGAAAAUAAUACUUUCUCUUCCAACAUGAAGGCUCCAACCCAGAACAGAGUACCCUCUGUUUCUAAGUUCUUUAAUGUCCAGUUACACCUACACAACAUCCUUUCUUAUUUCCUCCUCUUUGCAUGCGGUUUAACCUUUGGGGUAAUACUUAGUUUCUACCUCAAAGACUUCUCCUUUAAUUUGCAACUCACCCACUUCUCGUUUUCUGCUAAUUCACGAUCAUCACCAUCAUCGCAAUUGCUAGAGCCAAAUUUGAAGGCCGAACAUGUUCGCAUAGGAUUGACAGAGUACCUAAAGCCGCCUAAAGCUAUGCAUGACAUGAAUGAAGAGGAACUGCUAUGGAGAGCUUCAACGGUUUCCCGGAUUCCCAAGUAUCCAUUUGAUCGAGUUCCCAAGGUUGCUUUCUUGUUCUUGACAAAGGGACCUGUGUUUAUGGCUCCUCUGUGGGAGAAAUUCUUCAAGGGCCAUGAAGGGUUGUACUCAAUUUACGUGCACUCAAAUCCAUCCUACAACGGAUCAGAUCCUGAAAGUCCAGUAUUUCACGGCCGAAGAAUUCCUAGUCGGGAAGUUGAAUGGGGUAAGGUGAACAUGAUUGAGGCUGAGCGCCGCCUGCUAGCCAAUGCCCUUCUCGAUCUCUCCAACCAGCGUUUUGUUCUUCUCUCUGAGUCCUGUAUUCCUCUGUUCAACUUCUCCACCAUAUAUUCUUACCUCAUCAACUCCACCCAAAAUUUUGUAAUGGCUUUCGAUGAGCCCAGCUCUGUCGGACGUGGGCGAUACAAUUCCCACAUGUACCCGGCGAUCAAGAUCCAGCAAUGGAGGAAGGGGUCCCAAUGGUUCGAGAUGGAUCGAGAGCUUGCCGUUGAAGUCGUCUCCGAUCAAAAGUAUUUCCCGAUUUUUCAAAAGCAUUGCCGCGGCUCGUGUUAUGCCGACGAACAUUACUUGCCGACAUUUGUGAGCAUCAAGUUCUGGGAGACGAAUUCAAACAGGAGUUUGACUUGGGUUGACUGGUCAAAGGGUGGGGCGCACCCGGCUAAGUUUUUGAGAACAGAUGUUACCGUUGAGGCCUUGAAGAGGUUGAGGAGUGGGAGCAAGUGCAAGUACAGAGGAAAUACCACAAACAUUUGCUUCUUGUUUGCCCGGAAGUUCUCCCCUGGUGCUUUGGAUAGGCUUUUGAGGUUUGCACCAAAGCUCAUGCAAUUCAACAGGUAGCUUUAGAAACACUUGAUAUAUAUAUAUAUAAGUUAUAUAACCAUUCGUUAUUCAACUGUAAUAAUUUUGUUUAUUUCCUUUAAAAAUUUCUCAAUCUUCUUGAGGCCCACUUGCUGGUUCUAAACGCUUGCGUUUUGGAUGGGACUCUAAAAAGUUGUACGACGCCCAUCCGGCAUGUUACUUCCACCAAUUGAAACAAACUUUG